AAAUCUGUGUUUGCGCCCUCUCCCACUCUAAAACACGCCCCCUUGGAAAUGUCAUUGUGAGGUUAUACUCAUUUGACAGGGUUUGUGGUUCGUAAAUAGUGCAACAGAUACUUGAAUCGAGAAAAAGGAACAAAGGGUGUUGAAGAAUUAGAAUCUCUGCAGCUUUGUAUAAUUUUCUAUGAAAAUGUCGGGUCACGAUUAUUUAGACGAUCCUAAAAACCCUUUCUUCUCGCUCGAGGACGAUGUCGAUGAUGAGGCUUUCCUUCGCAGUGGGCCCCCACGUCCCAACAUGCCAAACAACAAUCACUUCACGAAUUUUGAUGAUAACAUUGACAGACAACAUCAGCAGUUGAUAGAGAGAAGGAAGGCGAUUGAGGAUCGAACGAUUAAAUCUUCCGAGAGGUCCAUAUCAUUGCUCAGGGAUUCCGAGCAGAUCGGAGCAGCUACAGCUGAGGAACUUAUGAGACAAAGAGAGCAGUUGGAGAGAACCGAGAAAAGACUGGACGACAUAAACAGUACUUUACGCUUCAGUCAGAAGCACAUUCAGGGGAUAAAAUCAGUGUUCGGCAGUCUGAAAAAUUAUCUCAGUGGAAAAUCCCUGGAGCCACCUGCACCCACCACCAAUGCAAACGAAUUUGAGCCCUCCGGGAGCAGCAGACUGGCCCCCAUUGUCGAGCAGACAAGAUCAAACUUGGCUGCUAAUCAUCCAUCACUCUAUCACCGUGGUCUGCUUGACGAUGGCCCAGAUGACCCAGUGACUGACAACGUCAGCAAAGUUCUCGAGAGGAAUCUGGAGGAGAUGGGGGGAUCUCUAGCUCGCCUCAAAGGUCUCGCCAUUGGUCUCACUGAGGAGAUUGACUCCCAAAAUACAUUGAUUGAUAACGUCGCUGAUAAGACGGAGAGGGCUGACAUCAUGAUUGGGAAACAGAAUAAAGAUAUGAGACACUUGUUGAAGAAGUAGAAUUUUUAAAAUUGGAGGUUUCAUUCGUUCUGCAACGAAUGAUGGCACGAGAUGGGUCAAAUUCACUUCGGGACAGACGAAUUUUUAUAUAUUCAGGGGAAAUUUGGAAGUUUUUGGAUUUUACUCGAUAGUGACUCAACAGGAGGUCGAUUUGUUCACUUGGUCGAUGGUCGGUCGAUCGUCGGUUGAUCACCAGUAGAGGGUUAGUCAAUCGAUGGUUGAUGAUUGGUCGAUCGCUGGUCGAAGGUUAGUCGAUCGACGGUCGAUGGUCAAUUGUUAGUCGAUGGAUGGUCGAUGGAUGGUCAGUCGAUCGUUGGUCGGUCGAUGGUCAGUCGAACGUUGGUUGAUCUUUAGUAGAGGAUUAGGUAAUCGAUGGUUGAUCAUUGGUCAAUUGCUGGUCGAUGGUUAGUCGAUCAACAGCCGAUGGUUAAUUCUUAGUCGAUGGAUGGUCGAUCGAUAGUCGGGCGAUCGUUGGUCGAUCGAUGGUCGGUCGAUCGUUGGUUGAUCACUAGUAGAGGGUUAGGUAAUCGACGGUAAUCAUUGGUCGAUUACUGGUCGAUGGUUAGUCGAUCAACGGCUGAUGAUCAAUUGUUGGUCGAUCGAUGUUAGAUCGUUGGUUAAUCGAUGAUCAAUCAAUCAAAUUGUGAUCGACUAGCAAUCGAUUGCGUGAGCAACUCGAAUCCCCUAUCGAGUGAUCUGUCGGAAUGGUUAGGGCUCUCAAAAAAGCGGAAAAGGGUUUCAUGUUGCGCAAGUGUUCGACACGGCGGAAAACUUUGAAAAUCGUGCAAAUGUUUGUAUUUUUAAUCGAUUGAGUUUAAAACUUGCUUACUCAUAGUUAAUCUGUGCACGAAUAAGAACAGGCAUAGAUUUUUAAAAAUCCAAAUCCAAAUUUAGUAUUUAUCCAUAUUUUUUCUCAUCACUGGCAUUGCCGAUUUUCCGGUAAUGUAUCCGAAAUUGAACAAUUUUUUGCAAUUUCUUUGAGUCUAAAUAUUUAAAAAAAAAUUUUUUGUCAAUACAGGUACACUACAUUAAAUAUGGACAUUAAAUGAAAAUUUAGAAACGAUAUUCAAAGAAAUUAACCAAUCCUUACAUUAACACGUUACUAUUAACUAUGUGUGAAUUGUUUUUCAGCUCAAUUGAUCAGAAAUUUUACGCACUUGAACGAUUCUCAAGGUUUUGGUCCGUUUCAAUUCCUUUUUGCACCUCUAAAUUCUGCGGAAUUGACCGCUUUACUACUUUUUUGAGGCUCUUAACUAAUAUCUAGAAUUUUCAGAUUCAUGAUGUCUUAUUAAGCUAGAGAAAUAUUUUCUCUGGAUGUAAGCUCAAGAAAUAUUUGCAAUAAGACCCCAAUUUAACAAUAAGCCCGGUCUGAACGAUUACCAAGGGCUAAAAGAUAGUGUUUAUAAAAAUAAAGUAGUAAAAAAAAUCAUCAACGACUCCAUGAGUUAUUAAUAUAUAAUAAAAGUCGAAAAUUUUAAUCUUCUCAGACCUGUUUUUUUUCUAGAGGAAAGUUAAUCGUAACAAAAAAUCUCUAUAUAAAUUGGACUAUCAUUCGGUACUUCCGAGAUAUUUCCCAAAACAUUAUCCUAAACUGGAAUUGAUUGAAUCUCUGUUUUGCGUCAUUAAAAGAUGAAAAACAAAACAAAUAAAUGAUUAAGAGAGAAAUAUCAAUAAUGAGUAAUGACACAUGUCUAUCCCAUGGUUUCAAUGAAUCUAUUAACUUAAAUGAAUGGGAAACGUUAGGAGCAUUUUUGCUGUUAGUAUACAAUUAUGAUAUUGAGGAAUUUAUGAAUUUUUCAAUCUACGAAGCUGUCGGAGCUAAACCGAAUUUGACUGGGGCAUUUAGAUAUUUUGAAUUUAUGAUAUUGAUGGAUGAGUUGGGGGAUUGUAUCGAAGCUUUUUCUUAUUAUUGCGUUUGAGGUUUUAUGUGGGAGGGAAUUCACAAAUGCUGAAGGCUCAAUGAAACUGCCAAUAUUACUUUAUUGAGGUAAUUCAUUUGUAAGUGUUUAUAGAAUAAAGUGAUUUUACAUCUGAUUUUACGAGAAAUGGAGAUUUUUCACAAGGAAUUGUCAUUGUUAUGGUCCGAUGGAAUUUUGUAGCUCUUCUUAUGCACUUCCUGAAAUGUUAUUCAUUAGUUUAAUAGAUAGACAUGAAAUAAAAUUCUUUGUAAUACCUG